AUGUCUGACACGUGUGCAAAGUUUAAAGAAAAUCUGAGCAUUGCAUUUGGAAGCCUUCCCUUGUUAAGAUCAAUUUACUGUUUGCAAGUAUGUUUUGAGUAUACAGAUAUUGGCCAACUUCCGUUUAGUUAGGAUCUUUUGAUCAGGAAAAAUUUGAUUGACGUUAUUUCCAGUUUCCAAUACGAGUUCUUUAUUUAAUGGACUGGUGCCCUCUUAUUGAGAAGAUAACAUCGCUCCAAUUAUCCGCGAAUUCUUUGUUUUCCCUCAUUUUAUACACGUUGAGAUGUUUUGCAGACCCUCGCCAUGGGUACUUCUUACUCUCUGCCCAAGAAGACGGGUCCCAGUCCUUUUACUCGAUCCGGUGAACCUCCGGUGAAGUUGACUCAGGUGUCGGAGAAGCCGGGUCACCGGACCCAUGAAUUGAUGAGCCUCCAGCUGCACAUGGCCGAUGAGCGCCAAAGAAUGGCUGGAUUAUCUCCGGCUGAAAGGGAGUGGAGAGCGUAAGUGUGCUCUAAUUUUGUUUUAGGCUUGUUUAGAAAGUGGUUGAAAGAUCAACAUCUGCAUCCUGAUGAACCAGUUCAUGUCGACGCUGUGCAUCGUCAGCUGAAUCCUGUCAGAGUCCUUUACAGAAAACCUUGGGAUGUGUUGUACAGAAGAUUCCUCAAUCCAACUUUCGUAAGAGACUGAACGAAAAUUGCUCAACAAAUUGAUUUAUGUUUUAGGGACCUUUUUAUGGACUAGCCAUUCGAGCUUUUGUCCCAAAGCUUUUGAUGGGUCUAAUACUAGUUCAAGCAUUAUAUUAUCAGACCAAAUACAAUGCCAGGGUAAGUCUUGCUUUAAAUUUAUUUUUAAACAUUUAGAACUGGCAACGAUACACUGGUUUUACUGUCUUUACUGAAAGGGAUAUCAGGAGUGCCGAUCAAAUUGAGAAAGAUCAUCCCGGUCUUCUGGCCAAGGGCCUCGAUCAGAAUGACAAGUUUGAUUACUUUGACCCGACUUACUUCAACCGUGAUUCCCUUCUCAACAUUGGGGAACCAGUUAGGAAAUAUUGAGUUAUCAGUUGUGUUUAUAGUACAAUAAAAUCUUUCUCUUUGGACAAUUUUAUUGUAAAGCUGGUUGUAUGCCAUGAUUAUCUUAUAGAUUUUCUAAUUAUUCCAACUCUAACUGCAGGUGGAAAGUGAUGGUGAGAUGAGAAAAGAGAAGUGUUUGCUGUGUGCUUUAUUCUCCAUUUUGUUUUUGUACUAUUUGGUUCCAUUUGAAUGGUUGGGUAUGCUAUUCCUGCCCUUUUUGUAGAUUAUAUUAUUUAGGUCCGAGACAUGGCAAGUUCUUUGUCCAUCCCGAGCGACCUGCAAUGCUUAUAGAGCGAUGCCAAUAUCUAGAACAUCCAGUGAAAGGGAAAGAAGGAGACUUCUAUAAGACAGAAUGGAAGUUGAGGGGCGUUAUGAUUGUUUUUAGACAUGGCGAACGGUAAGGGAAAGUAUAGUUGAUAAUUAUAAGGACUUGUAGAUCACCAUUAAUUGAAUUGAAGAACAGUUAUGGGCCCAAUUGUUCUCCUUACUUUGAUAUCGACAGGCGGGCGUUUGCUUCAUACACGCAGCUACUGGCUUCAGAUAAGUUUCGAGAAUUUUUGAUAGUGGAUCCAAUAUUCCCAAGGAAUUUUUCAUGGCAUCCACACAGGUAUGUUCUUGCUCAAUUUUAUUGUAUUAUAGUUCUAAAUGCGAAUACGGCCAUAUGACGGCAGAAGGAGCACUGCAAUUGCUUAAACUGGGCUCUUAUCUUCAUGAGAAAUACAAGCUCCAAGGAUUGUUUGACGGUAGGUUAAAUUGUAUAGUAAAAUAUAUUGCCAGAUUUAAAUACAAUUGAUGUCACAUUGAGUUCUUCGAUGUAUUCGAGGACAUUCCAAUCGGCUAUUGCCUUUACAUCGACCUUCUUUUAUGUUUUGGAUGAUCUAAAAAACGUUCAUCUGAAAGCUUCUAACACGACUCACUUCUGCCUGAAUGAUCAUGCUCCUUGUUACUGCCCUUCUUACGACAAGAUUCGUAAACUCUCGGAAAUGGUAAGCCAUGAUCUUCAAGAUGACAAUGUUGCAGGAAAGGAUUAAAGAAUUCCAUACUCGGACUGAGCCCAGAUUAAAACAACGGAUAAAAUCUCUUGGAGAAAUGGUCGGAAUGGAGAAGGUGGAACAUCCGUUACAAUUAUUUGAUGUUAUCCUUGGACGAUAUGCCUGCAGGCGAUCCCCCUUCCCUUGCCAAGCUGACGGAGAUUGUUUGACUUUGAAUGAUAUUAUGGAAGUUGCUGAUGAAAGUGCAACAAUUGCCAAGAGAAUGGCCACAGAGUCGUCCAAGAUUACCAAAUCCAUGAAUGUCAUAGAAGCCUACGCCCUUUUCAACCAUCUCAGUAUAAUGAUUCAGAAUUUGAAAGGGCGAAAAGUGAAUUCUAAGAUAGUCAAGGUGCUUAGUGGUCACGAUAUUACACUAGAGGCCUUAGUUAACACUUUAAAUUUGACUGACAGAAUCCCUCCUCAUUACUCUUCGAGGAUCGUAUUUGAAUUAUUCGAAUCCUCGGCUCAUAUCUCUGGAGAAAAUCUUUUUGUGAGAGUUUUGUUUAAUGGAUUAGACCAGACUUCCAAUGUAAAUUUCUGUUCCGAGAGUCUUAUUCAUGGUCUUUGUCCGGCUAGUAAAUUCGAAAGCUUUGCUUCGAAUGGUCUAUUUCCACUUGCCAGUCUUUCAGAUUUAAAAGAAAUUUGUUAA